AUGAAAAUUAAGGCUUCGCGAAGUUUGAAGAAGACUAAGAGACACAUUGAGGAUGUCCCGUUCUAUGCCUUCACGUACGCUGAAGGAGAUUUGCCACUGGAUCCAGCCAGAUCAUUCAUUCAGGAGCAAAUCGACAAGCUGAAGAAAGCCAAACCCAUCGAGUUUCGUAAUGAUUUCGAUUUGUUCUACCAUAACACAAAGAGCAGUGCCCAGAAACCUUCUGAAGAAGUCACCAGGCAUCUUCUCUGGCUUCUGAAGAAAAAAUCACGGAAAAUCGUGGUUAGUUCCAAGGUGAGAAAACCCUCUAUUUUUGAAAUCAAUCGCAGAUUGAGAAGAAAGUUCAACGAUCGGAUUGAUGCCGUGACACCCUUUAAGACCAUUUCCUUGGAGAAAUUUCAUCUGUCCUUUGAUCGGGACAAGAUAAAACCACGUCGUAUCAAAGAUUUUCCUCAAAGUGCCAUAAAAUCACCCGAAGAGUAUCGACGAGAGCUGGAGAAGGUUAACAAGGUCAUCAAUGAAUUACUGCAGCCGGAAAUUCGACGGUAUGAAGAAACUCAGAGGCAAAUUAGAGAUGGAUCAUUCUUUAAGUAUCAACGCAGUACCAGCUCGUCCACUUCCACAUCCAAGCCAGCUAGCAAGAAGAGAAAAUUGUCCGAUGAGCAGUACUUAAUGAAAUUGAAGGCAAAGGAAAGAGAGAAGCUGAAGUAUUUUAGCCCAAUAAUGCCAGUAAAUGUCGAGGAUCAGCGCACAUGGACACUUAGAAAACACACUGCUCAGUGGACUCUGGAAUUUUCAAAAUUUACUGCCGAUAUCCAAGAGAAAUCUAUUGAUCUCAUGGCGCAAAUCAAUGUAUUGCGUGUGCAGGAUUACCCGUCAUAUCUCAUCGUGAAAAUCCUUCCAAAAAUUAAUCCAAAGAUCAGCUUUCUUAAGGAUGCGUACAAAUUUAUUCAAGCCGAAAGGGUUCUGUGGCCUAAUAUUCAUCCAGAAGUAAUACUCAUGGAUUUUCUAUUCAACUCAAACCAUGAAAUACGACCCGAAAUAGCUACAUUAAUCAUAUCCCUGCUCAUGGAUCUCGAAGAAGAUUUCCGCAAUGGAAUUCGUAGAUAUGUUCUCCGAAGUGUUCUCCAGAAGCCAGAGAAUCAGGAUAUGCUGGAACUAACACCUGAACCAAGAGACUUUCCUCGUUUCACUAUUAAGGCCCCAGUUCCUUGGAAAUGUUCAAUCCAAGUAGCGCGAAACCGCCUUGAUCAGGUGCUAAUGAUCUCUCAUCCCGUAUUGCAAGCUAUAAAUAUGCUAUGGCAUGAGUUGUACAGUGAUCUGCUGAUAGUGGACACCACGAAAAUGUACAAGACUGAUGUUCCCUUGGACUCUGGUAGCAUGAGUGAUUUAGUGCACUCAUGCUGUGUAAUCGCUAGGGAUAUACUUGUCAAUGACUGGCUUCCUCGUGUAGCUGAUUUAAUUGAUGAAAUGCGCAAAUUUUGGAUUGAUCUGGUGGCCUUUCACUCACGUCAUGGUGGCAGAGCCACAAUCAUGUUUAAAACCAUUCACGCCCUCAUGUCUUAUCAGCUCCAAACACUAAUAAAAAAGAGUGUGGACCAUCUCAUGGAGACCAUUGAAAUGUAUGCUGGUGGAAAUGUUGAAGACACAGAGGUAAAACUCACCCGACAGCCUCUGAUGACGCUCAAUGUAUCCGUUGUUGGAAAGUACAGUGGUGAAUUAGAUACCAAUACCAAUGAGGAUUCAAUUCUGUAUAACGUAGAAAUCGAUGAUCCUCAUAUCUUAGACACAAGUCCCGAACAACCCGCCACACCAACUCUCAACAAAGUCUCUUUUAUUAUCCGGCAUAGUGGAAAGAUAUUCGUAGAUCCUUACAUGGAGGAACUGCCGGAUAUUUUCGUCAAUUACUUCGUGAAAAUCCUCAAAGUUGGCUAUAAUAUUCCUCGCAUGGAGUACUUUAUGUCACAAACUUCUGCAGAAAUGGGUUUUCUUCAUUGCAUCCCGGAAGAUCAUAUUGAUAUGCUACAGCUUUAUGACAAGGUCCGAGAUAUUGUAAUUGCCAACCAAACCGGACCAACAACAUACCUUUAUCCCAUCUAUACUUACUAUUUCCCAAUUUUGGCAGGGAAAAUGCAAGCAAUCACUGAAAAUCUCUUCCUGCAACAAGCAGUUCCUUCAUUACCAGCUUUCAGGAAUCUUAUGGAGAAAUUUAAUGAACUUCUCUUUGGAGUCUAUUACCUGCGGGACUUUGUUCCCUUGAACCUCUUCAUGUUGGACAACCGUCGAGUAAACCAAGUUCUUGCUCAGAUGAUAAAAGAUAUGAAGGAUUUUGUCACGGAUUUUUUCAGAACCAAGAAUCAAGUGGAAAAUCGAAAACUCUGUGAUGAGUUUGAAGAAAUCUCCCUACAUGCCGGAGGUCGACCCAAGGAGACUCCUGAGGUUGUAGCUCUGCAGAAUUAUUUGAACCAGUGCAGGGACGAGAGACUAUUUGUCUUAAAAUCUGAAAUUAAGUUGGUUGCUGAGAGGGUAAUGUUUCUCCUUCAUUAUGCUACACUUGAUGCCGAUGAUAUUCACCUCAAUUCACGUACAUUCCUCUGGCCAUCUGAACUUGAGCAAGUUCUAGAUCUCAGCGCAGCUAGAUUGAGUGUUGUCCGUGAUAACUUAGAGACUGCAUUGCGUGAGAGAAAAGUGCAAUUUGAUGGUUACUUGCUCACGGAGAAGAAGAAAAUGGAUGCUUUCAGGAUGAAGGAGAUCCGAGAUGUCCUUACGUUGGAUGAGCUCAAGGAAAAAGUUGAUACUGUGGAUGGGCUAAUGAGUAUUUUAGAGAAAUGCAAUCAAGAAGCAAAAGCCAUAAAUAUAGAUGAGAAUCUCCUGCAAAUUGAACAGUCAUCCUUCCCAAUACUCGUUGAACUUAUGGAGAAGAUGGAUCCCAUUGAAAAACUCUGGCACACCGCCUACCAAUUUGACUUCUGCUACGAAGUUUGGUACUAUGGCCCCUUUCAAGGACUCGAUGCUGAAAAAAUACGGGAGGAAGUAGAGAGUAUGGGUAAGGUUAUUUACAAACUUUCCAAGGCUCUCGUCACCAAUCCUCAAGCUAAAAGAAUUGCCGAACAAGUGAGAAUGAAGAUUGAUAAAUUUAAGAUCUACCUUCCCGUAUUGGAAGCCAUCUGUCGUCAAGGACUUUCGGAACGGCACUGGAAUCAGAUUUCCGAAGAACUAGGACAAGAGAUAAACCCUGAAAAAUAUUCAACCCUUGCAUCUCUUGUUGAAGUUGAUAUCAUGAGAAUUGUGGAGAGACUUGAGCAAAUCUCAAAUGCCGCUGGAAAGGAAUUUGAACUAAACAAUCAACUCCUUCAAAUGCAGUCAGAAUGGACAGAUGUUAAGUUCGAAGUGAAUCCUUACCGGGACUCAGACACGCAUAUCCUGGCAUCAGUGGAUGAUAUUCAGACACUCUUGGAUGAUCAUAUCUUGAAAGCUCAAGCGAUGAGAGGAUCUCCGUACAUUGCUGCUCUAGGAGAGAAAGCCACCAACUGGGAAGAUAAACUGAUUUCCAUGCAAGAUAUUUUGGAUAUCUGGCUAAAGGUUCAAUCAACUUGGAUGUAUUUAGAACCAAUUUUCAACUCUGAGGAUAUCAUGCGACAAAUGCCACAAGAGGGCAGGAAUUUCAAGGCUGUUGAUCGCAUCUGGCGAAAGAUGAUGAAGCACACAGAAACUGAGAGAAGAGUCAUUCAAGCCACGGAUUAUCCCAAAAUGUUGGAGAUCCUUCAAAAGUCAUUCGUGGAUCUCGAGGGAAUUCAAAAAGGUCUAAAUAUGUACCUUGAGAAAAAGCGACAAUAUUUCUCUCGAUUCUACUUUCUCUCCAAUGAUGAACUCUUGGAAAUCCUGUCAGAGACUAAAGAUCCACUUAGAGUGCAACCACACUUAAAGAAAUGUUUCGAUGGAAUCCAUGCUUUGCAGUUUGACCAGAGUAUGGAAAUCAUGGCUAUGAUCUCAAUCGAUGGGGAGAUUGUACCUCUUACGAAACGAAUUAACCCCGCCACAGCGAAUGGGUUAGUGGAGAAAUGGCUAAAGGAAGUGCAACAAGUCAUGUUUGAAAGCAUUGAGGAGCAACUGAGGUCUGCCUAUGAUAUUUAUUAUGUUACACAGAGAAAGACAUGGUGCUUAAAAUGGGCCGGGCAGAUUGUUCAUACAAUUUCAUGCCUUACAUGGACUGCAGAUGUUGAAGAGGCCAUAACUAAGGGCACAUUGGCAACAUACUAUGAAGCAUCAGGACAGCAACUUCAUGACAAUGUUAAACUCAUUCGCGGAGAUACAUUGACAGAUUCCCAACGGAUUACCAUGGAAUCCCUGGUAGUGCUGGAUGUUCACAAGAAAAAUAUUGUAAAAGAAUUGAUAGACUCUCAAGUUACGGAUCCUAAAGACUUUGAGUGGUUUUCCCAAAUGAGGUACUACUGGAAGGUUGAUGAUGUUGAGAAGCAGGAAUUUGUAUGCAUAUCUAUGAUCUCAACAGAUAUUCCAUAUGGAAUGGAGUAUUUAGGAAGUGUCUCUCGUCUUAUAGUAACUCCUCUGACGACAAGAUGUUUCCGAACGUUAAUGGGUGCUCUGAAGCUGAACCUUGGAGGAGCACCUGAAGGGCCCGCAGGUUCAGGCAAGACAGAAACGUGCAAAGAUCUGGCCAAAGCUGUGGCCAAGAAAUGUGUUGUCUUCAACUGUUCCGAUGGUCUUGACUACAAGGCUUUAGGAAAGUUUUUCAAAGGACUGGCUCAAUCAGGCGCCUGGGCGUGCUUCGAUGAGUUCAAUCGAAUUGAUCUGGAAGUUCUGUCAGUGGUUGCACAACAAAUACUAAUCAUCCAAAGAGCCAUUAGCAAGAAAGCUAUUAAAUUCACAUUUGAAGAUGCAACACUUAAACUUGAUCCUACCUGUAGUAUUUUCAUCACCAUGAACCCAGACCAAGGAUCUAGAAAUAAGAUUCCGGAUAAUCUGAAAGUUCUGUUCAGGACUGUUGCCAUGAUAAUGCCCAACACGACAAUGGUGGCCGAAAUUACACUGUAUUCGUGUGGAUUCGAGCAGGCUCAAAGUCUUUCUCAGAAGAUUGUCCAAAUUUAUCGGCUCACGUCUGAACAAUUGUCCAGUCAAUGUCAUUAUGAUUAUGGAAUGAGGGCUAUCAAGUCUGUUUUGUUCAUGUCCAGAUCUCUAAGAAGAGCCCAUCCGGAAUACUCUGAAGAACAAGUAAUACUUCGGGCUAUUAUUGAUGUAAAUCUUCCGAAAUUUCUUCCAAAUGAUAUUCUCCUCUUCGAAGACAUCUAUAAAGAUCUAUUUCCAAACGUGGAACUUCCAGUUCGAGACCGAGAGGAUAUUGAAAAGUGGCUGCAAGUUAAGGUGAAAGAGAGGAAUCUUCAGUUGACUCCGUGGUUCAGAGAGAAGAUCCUUCAAAUUUAUGAAACUCUUCUUGUUCGACAUGGUUUGGUAAUAGUAGGAGGAGCUAUGGCGGGUAAAACAACGGCUUACCAACUUCUCGCAAGUGUCCUUCGAGAUAUCCAAAAGGACCCGGAUGCCAAAAUUACCGAAAAUGGAGUAAAUUCACGAAUUAUCAAUCCCAAAGCCAUUUCUAUGGGUCAACUUUAUGGUCAUUUUGAUCCAGUAUCACAUGAGUGGGCGGAUGGAGUUCUGGCAAAGACAUUUCGUGACAUGGCCUAUUCAUCUUUGACGGAACGCCAGUGGAUCAUUUUCGAUGGACCGGUUGAUCCUAUUUGGAUUGAAAAUUUAAAUACCGUCCUCGAUGAUAAUCGAAAACUCUGUCUAAUGUCCGGCGAAAUAGUGUACAUGUCUCGUCAGAUGAAUUUAAUUUUUGAGCCAGAGAAUCUUGACCAAGCAUCACCAGCAACGGUGUCUCGCUGUGGAAUGAUUUAUAUGGAAUCCAGUCAAUUGGGAUGGGAAUCUCUGCACAAAUCGUUUUUGCAUGAACUACAAGAUAAGGGAACAACAGAUAUUUACUUAUCUCUUUAUGAAGCUCUAGUGACAUGGUUAAUUCCACCUCUCGUGGAAAUUCUCAGCACAUGCACCACUAUCCUUCCUGUGUCAUCUCUCUACAGAUAUCGAAUGCUGUCCACCUUCUUUAUGGCCUUCCUCACAAAGCAGACCAAUCUCAAUCAAACAUGGUUUCAGCAGACUUUCCUCUACUGUUUGGUGUGGAGUUAUUGUUCCACAUUGACUAUUGAAAGCAGAAAGAAUGUUGAUGCUGCCAUCAGAAAGAUUCUCUAUGGUACCAAUGACAAUUAUCCAAAGCCAAAACUCUUUACACUUAAUAGAGGUCAAAUAUUCCCUGAAAAAAUGACCUUCUUGGACUAUCGCUUUGAUGGAACAGAAUCUUGGUGGCCAUGGGUGAAAUCUGAAGACACUCCCUUAGUAUCCGACCUCGAAAUGAAAGAUCUUAUAGUGCCAACUAAAGAAUCAGGCUUCAUUCAGAACUGGCUUGAGAUCUGUGUUGACAUUAGACAACCUACUCUACUAAUAGGACCAUCGGGAACAGGAAAAAGUGCCAUUGUAAACGCUUUUAUGAGAGAUCUACCCAGAUCUAAAUUCCUUAUUAACAAUCUCAAUCUCUCUGCUCGAACGACGGCACAACAGGUGCAAGAGCUCGUCAUGGCAAAGCUAGAUCGACGUCGAAAGGGAGUUUUUGGACCUCCAGUUGGGAAAAAAUGCUUAGUCUUCGUGGAUGAUAUGGCCAUGCCUAUGAGAGAUAAGUACGGAUCCCAGUCCUCACUGGAACUUAUCCGUCAAUGGUUGGAUCAUAGACAUUGGUCAGAUUUGCAGGAUACUUCCAAACUGGAAUUAAUCGAUCUCCUCUGCAUUGGAGCUAUGGGACACAUUGGUGGAAGCAAUUACAUCUUCGAAAGACUCUACCGACACAUGUUCAUCAUUUCAAUUGAUGCCUUAGAAGUGUCAACAAUGCAGAGAAUAUUUCAUGCCAUUGGUGAAUGGCAUUUCGCAAAGGACUAUCCAGACACCUUGACGCGCCUCUCAAAAGCUCUAAGUGUAGCUGCAAUUGAGCUAUUCACUGCAACGAAGGAACACUUUCUACCAACUCCCGCCAAAUCUCACUAUCUAUUUUCCCUCAGUGAUGUUUCAAAAGUCUAUCAAGGCAUGGUAUUAGUUCCUGCUAAAAGACUCCAAGAUCCGGAGAAACUCGUCAGGCUUUGGGCUCAUGAAACUUACAGGAUUUUCUAUGAUCGACUUGUAGAUGAAGAUGAUCGAAACAAACUGUUCAAUCUCAUCCAUACAACUUGUACGUCGAAGCUGCGGAUGAGCUUAUCUCAAGCAUUGGGAGAUCGAAUUUCUGCGACUGAGAGACUCUCUGAUAAUCACAUGAGAGAUUUAAUCUUCGGCAAUUACAUGGAGCCUGACGCCGAUCCCAAAAUCUAUGACGAAGUAGAGAAUCUGGGGAAGUUGGAGAAGGUUAUGGGAUAUUAUCUCAAUCAAUAUAACAGCAAUUCCAAUAGUCCCAUGGAUUUAGUUCUCUUCAGAUUCGCCAUUGAGCACAUCUCGCGGGUUGCUAGAGUACUUCAGAUGCAACAAGGAAAUGUCUUAUUAAUAGGCCUGGGAGGAUCAGGACGACGGAGUGCAGUUAAAAUGGCAACAAGUAUGAUGGACGCAGAUUUAUUCCAAGUGGAAGUCACAAAAUCCUAUUCCUACAACGAUUGGAGGGAGGACAUGAAGAAACUGUUAAUUAAUACCGGGAUCGAAUACAAGAAAACUGUUUUCCUCUUCAGUGACUCUCAAGCCAAAGAGGAAGCUUUUAUUGAAGAUAUUAAUUCUCUUCUCAAUUCAGCUGAUAUCAACAAUCUCUUCCAAGGUGACGAGAAAACUAAUAUUCUUGAUAAAAUGCAGAAUGAAGCGAAAUUACUGAAUAAAGUUAUAGACUCGACUCCAUUGGCUCUUUAUACAUUUUUCACCGAGAGAGUGAGAGAAAAGCUUCAUUUAUGCAUUUCUCUAUCGCCUAUUGGAGAUUCUUUAAAGAGAAGGAUCAGAAUAUUUCCUUCCCUUAUAAACUGCUGCACAAUUGAUUGGUUCACAGAGUGGCCAAGUGACGCUUUGAUAAAAGUUGCCGAAACAUAUAUUGGAUCGAUGCAACUUGCCCAAAAAUCUGGAGGAGACGAAAACCUCAAUAUUUCAGAAUUGGAGACAAAACUUGUCGACAUGAUUAUUUACUUCAAUUCAUCGGUGAAGACAGAAAUUGAGAAGUUCUUCCUUAAGCUAAAGCGGAAGAAUUAUGUAACACCAACUCUAUAUCUGGAGAUGCUUCAUCUCUUCAAAACAUUUCACGCUCUCAAAUUCGACGAGAUUACUGUUCAGAGAGAUCGAUAUGUGAUUGGUUUGGAGAAGUUGGACAACGCUGCUGCUCAGGUGGGUGUCAUGCAGACCAAUCUAUUUGAGUUGCAGCCUCAGCUGAAGAUUCUGUCCGAGGAGACAGAGAAGAUUAUGGUGAAUAUUGAGAGAGAGACGGCCGAGGCUGAGAAGAAGAAGGAAGUGGUUGGGGCAGAUGAAGCUGCUGCGAAUGAGGCAGCAGCAUCUGCCCAAGCCAUCAAGGAUGAUUGUGAAAGCGAUCUCCAAGAGGCCAUUCCCGCCCUCGAAGCUGCACUUUCAGCUUUGGAUACUUUGAAACCAGCAGACAUCACUGUGGUGAAAUCCAUGAAGAAUCCUCCAUCAGGAGUGAAGUUGGUUCUUGAGGCAGUUUGUGUUAUUAAGGGAAUUAAACCCGAUAGAAGAGGAGAUCCAACCGGAAAAAUCACUGAAGAUUUCUGGGGUCCUUCUCUACGAAUGCUUGGAGACAUGAAAUUCUUGGAGUCGCUUAAGACUUUCGAUAAGGACAACAUUCCGACUCCUGUGAUGAAGAGAGUUCGCGAAAGAUACAUCACAGAUAGGGAGUUUAUUCCCGAGAAAAUUAAGAAUGUGUCAAUGGCCUGCGAGGGUUUAUGUCGCUGGGUCAGAGCUAUGGAAGUCUAUGAUAGAGUAGCCAAAAUUGUUGCACCUAAAAAAGUCGCUCUAGCAGCAGCAGAGAGCGAAUUGGCACAACAAAUGGAGAAGCUAAAUGCAAAAAGAGCAGAAUUGCAAGAGAUUUUGGAUAAAUUGCAAAAGCUCAACGAUUUCUUCGCUGAAAAAUCUAGAGAAAAGAAGAAUCUUGAAGAUGAGAUUGACAAUUGUGAGAAGAAACUGGUAAGAGCUGAGAGACUUUUGGGCGGAUUGGGAGGGGAAAAGUCCAGAUGGUCAGAAAACGCUGCCUCCCUGCAUAAAUCACUGGACAAUGUGGUGGGUGAUGUUCUCCUGGCUGCUGGAGUUGUGGCGUACUUAGGAUGCUUUACCACCGAAUUUCGAGCGGGUAUUAUUGACGCUUGGAAUGAGAAGUGUCUGGAGCAGAAUAUUCCCUGCACUAAGAUCUUCUCCUUGGCAUCUACUCUUGGAAAUCCAAUGCAACAACGCGCCUGGUCACUGUGUGGCCUCCCAUCGGACACAUUUUCUGUAGAGAAUGGCAUAAUAGUGUCGAAAGCCCGGCGUUAUCCCCUCAUGAUAGAUCCCCAGGGUCAGGCCAACAAGUGGAUUAAGAAUCUUGAGAGGGACAACGAUUUGCAAGUCAUCAAGCAGACGGACUCCGAUUACAUGGCAGUGGCAGAAAAUGCCAUUAAGCAGGGCUUUCCGCUAUUACUAGAGAAUGUUGGCGAGUACAUUGAUUCUGGACUUUUUCCCAUUCUCGAGAGGAAUGUCGUAAAGCAGAAGGGAGAGUAUUUCAUCAGAUUUGGCGAAGGCAUGAUUGAGUACAAUUUCAAUUUUCGCUUCUAUAUCACCACGUGCUUGAGAAAUCCACACUAUCUUCCCGAGACAGCGGUGCUCGUGACCAUCCUCAAUUUUAUGAUCACUGAAGUGGGACUGAGGGAGCAGCUUCUGGCCACUGUGGUGGUGCAGGAGCGUCCUGACUUGCAGGAGAAGAAGGAGAUCCUUAUAGUCGAGUCUGCACGUAAUAGAGAUCUACUUUAUAACAUUGAAACGCAAAUCCUUCAAGUCCUUUCAUCUUCAGAGGGAAACAUUCUGGAAGAUGAAAAUGCCAUCAAUAUUCUGUCAUCAAGUAAAGUUCUCUCUGAGGAAAUUCAGGCUAAGCAAGUUGUUGCCAUAGCGACUGAAGCUGAAAUUGAUCAGGCUCGACAGCUUUAUCUUCCUGUGGCCAAACACUCGUCAAUACUCUUUUUCUGCAUUACAGAGUUGGCCAAUAUUGAGCCCAUGUAUCAAUACUCACUCACAUGGUUUCUGUCCCUCUUCGUUCAAGCCAUCAUAAAAGCUCCAAAAUCCAAUGUCCUCGAAGAUAGACUUGAGAAUUUGAAUCAGUUCUUUACAACUUCCGUGUACCAGAACAUAUGCCGAUCGCUCUUUGAGAAGGACAAACUCAUCUUCUCAUUUGUCAUUUGCAUAGGACUUCUGAGAGCCAAAAAACUCAUUGAUGAACAACUUCUCAUAUAUUUUCUCUCUGGAGAAGUGAUGAGAAAAGAUUCAGAAGAGAAUCCUGCACCUGAAUGGCUUUCAAACAAAUCAUGGGAUCAAAUUAUGAGAAUCUCACAUUUGGAUUCAUUUAAGAACUUUCAAAAUGAUUUCACAGAAAAUUUGGAGUCUUGGAAAGAGUUCUUUAAGCUUUCUGAGCCACACAAGAAUUCUCUACCUUCACCAUAUGACAGUGUGGAUGACAUCUCUAGGCUCAUUAUUCUCAAAGCUCUGAGACCAGAUGCAGUUAUUCCGGCAGUCAGAGCUUUCAUCAUACAACAUCUCAAUGAGACCUUCGUUCAACCGCCGUCUUUCGAACUGAGCACGUCUUUCGGCGACAGCAAUCCCAAGAUACCUCUAAUAUUCCUGCUCACAUCUGGCUCAGAUCCCAUGGAAGAUCUCAUGUCUUUUGCCAAGGAACAGAAUAUGCAGGACAAAUGUCACACAAUAUCAUUGGGACAAGGACAGGGGCCUAAAGCUCAGCAAAUGAUAGAGGAGGGUCAGAAAUCAGGCCAAUGGAUCGUCCUGCAAAACUGUCACGUGGCGUCGUCAUGGAUGGACAAUCUUGAGAAAAUUUGCAUUGAAUUGGCGGAGCAUGAGAAUCUCCACCAGGAUUUCCGUCUCUGGUGCACGGCAUAUCCUUGUCCAGACUUCCCAGUCUUCAUUUUGCAGAACAGCAUCAAAAUGACUAACGAACCGCCGAAACGGCUCAAGCUCAAUAUGAAGAAGUGCUACAAAUCUGACCCCUUGGCCAGUGAUAAAUUCUUCACUGAGACCUUCACCGGAGAUGAUAAAUUGGAGAAUAUGUGGUUCCGGGGUGUCUUUGCCCUCGUCUAUUUUCAUGCUGUUGUACAGGAGCGCCGGGAAUAUGGGCCACUGGGGUGGAAUGUGCCGUAUGAAUUCAAUGAGACCGACCUCAGAGUCUCACUGACACAACUAAAGGCGUUCAUCAGGCACUUUGAAAGGAUCCCGUUCAAGGGUCACAGGGAACUCACAGGGGAAUGCAAUUAUGGUGGCCGUGUGACAGAUGACAAAGAUCGCCGACUUCUCAUGUCCUUGCUCGAAAGAAUCUACAAUGAAGACAUUAUUCAAGUGGAAAAUUAUGCUCUCAGUUCCUCUGGCGUCUAUACUGUUCCUAUUGAUGCUGGCAGGCUGAAGAGUUUGGAGCAUAUUGGGACUUUUCCUUUUGUGGCAAAUCCAGAAGUCUUUGGUUUGCAUGAAAAUGCCAACAUUGCCAAGAACACUAGAGAAACCAAUGCACUUCUGACAGGAGUCCUCAUCACUCAAACAGAACUGUUGGCGUCUAAAAGAAAGGAGGAUGUUUCCAAAGAAGACAGCAAAGAUCUCAUUGAGGACAUUUGCGAAGAUAUCCUCAAUCGUCUACCAGAAUUUAUUGAUGAUAAGAUUAUGAUGGAAAAAUAUCCGCCAUGUUAUUCAAAUUCCCUUAAUGUUUUCCUUCACCAGGAAGUAUCGAAAUACAACAAAUUGCUGAGAUACAUCAGACAUUCACUAACGGAUGUUCAGAGAGCCACAUCAGGACAAAUUGCCCUCAUCCCGCAACUGGAAAGCGUCCAUUAUGCUGUGUCACAAGGGAAAUUGCCGGAUGAUUGGACCAUACAGAGCUACCCAUCCCUCAAACCACUUUCUGGCUACAUCAGUGAUCUUAUUGAUCGUGUGGCAUUUUUCCAGAAGUGGAUAGAUAACGCAGAGCCCUGUGUCUUCUGGCUUUCCUGUUUCUUCUUCCCACAAUCUUUAAUCACAAGCAUAAUGCAGAAUUUUAGCCGAAGAACAAACAAGUCACACAACGUGAUCGACAUGACUUUCGACGUGAGUGUGUAUGAAACAGAUGCUGAUCUUGACUUCGAAACAUUUAAGAAGAAUAACUUAGAUGCCAACAGCGAUUUCAAGUGCUUCGAUGGUCUCUACCUUGAAGGAGCUCGCUGGAAUCGCCUCACAAGAUUGCUCGAUGAGGCUCAACCCAGAAUUCUACACGAUCGCUUUCCAAUUGUCGCAAUGAAACCCACGGCAAAAUCCUCAAAGGAGAAGAAACAUCUGAAGAGGAGGCUUAAAAAAUACAUGUGUCCCAUUUACAAAACUAGUGCCAGACGCGGAACCAUUACGUCCACUGGUCACUCCACCAACUUUGUCAUGUACAUCGAUUUGGAAUCAAAGGAGAAUCCCAGUCACUGGAUUAACCGUGGAGUUGCGGGUUUAUGCCAAUUGGAUGAUUAGUAUUAAAAGAAAUUAUGAACUUAUCAAAGUCACUUCUAUUUCCAUUCAUAAAUCAUUCUGGGAAUUUUUAUACUAAUGAUUGAUCCGUGGCAAUAACUACUCUUUCUUAUUUAAUAGCUUGUGAAAUUUUAACACAGAGUUACUGUUUAUCAUAAAAAUUAGUGAAAUUCACAGACUUCAUAAAAGGUAAAGGUUGAAUUAAAGCAAUAUUUAUUGUAUUUUUCAUGGAAACUCAUGAGUAAUUCUUCUUCGCUGUCAAAUUACGCGGAAAAUUACACAUACACCUUGCAACAUACUUCGUCACAUAUUUUCCCACGUUAUCUUUAGUAGCACAGAAUUCACGAGAGAUAAUGUCAUGUACAGUGUGUUCAAUAGCUCAUACUAAUAUUUGGAGAAAGUGUAUAUUUUUAUAAAGACUCUUGUAUGGAAUUCGUAAGAUAUUUUCUAUCAUAUUUUACCUUCAGCAAGUAAAAGAGAUAAAAAUAAAUAUAUUUUUUGGUG